AUGCAUACGUCUUUAACCUUUUUCAUCAUUGGUUUUCUUGUUUCUACAACAAAUGGAUUUUACAGUUCAAGCGAUGAUGUUAUUGAACUUGAUUCGUCAAAUUUUGAUCGUCUCGUUAUGCAAAGUUCAGAUUUAUGGUUUGUAGAAUUUUAUGCACCAUGGUGCGGUCAUUGUCAAAGUUUAGCACCUGAAUGGAAACGUGUCGCAACAGCAUUAAAGGGUAUUGUUAAAGUUGGUGCUAUCGAUGCUGAUACACAUAAAUCACUUGGUCAGCAAUAUGGAAUAUCAGGCUUUCCAACAAUAAAAAUAUUUGGAAGUAAUAAGCGAUCACCAACAAAUUAUCAAGGUGGACGAACAACUGAUGCUAUCGUUGAACAGGCUCUUAGCCAAUUAAGAACAAUUGUAAAUGAACGUUUGGGUAAACGAACUGGAGGUAGUGGUGGUGGAAGUAGUGGCAGCGGAAGCGGAGGGAAAGACACAAUUGAAUUAACAGACAGUAAUUUUGAUUCAACAGUUAUCGAUUCGGAAGAUAUGUGGCUUGUUGAAUUUAUGGCUCCAUGGUGUGGUCAUUGCAAGAAUUUAGCACCUGAAUGGGCUCGUGCUGCAACGGAACUUAAAGGCAAAGUUAAAUUAGGUGUUGUUGAUGCAACUGUUCAUACACAAUUGGCACAAAAAUAUGGAAUCCAAGGUUUUCCAACAAUAAAAUUUUUUCCAACUGGUAGAAAAGAUGGUCAAGCUGAAGACUAUGAUGGUGGACGAACAUCAAGUGAUAUUGUUGCAUGGGCAUUAGAUAAAUUUCAAGCAAAUAUUCCAGCACCGGAUGUUCUUGAAAUAACAAAUCAAGCUAUUUUAGAUGAUAAUUGUGCUGAAAAACAAUUAUGUAUAAUAUCAUUCUUACCAAAUAUUCUCGAUUGUCAAUCAGCAUGUCGUAAUGAACAUUUAACAAUGUUGAAAAAUUUUGCUGAAACUUAUAAACGUAAUCGCUGGGGUUGGUUAUGGGUUGAAGCAUUUCGUCAACAAAAAUUUGAAGAAACAGUUGGCAUUGGAGGUUUUGGUUAUCCAGCACAAGUUGCUAUAAAUGCACGUAAAGGAAAAUAUGUUGUCUUAAAAGGUGCAUUUAGUCAAACAGGCAUAAGUUCAUUUUUAAAAGAAUUAUCAGCUGGUCGUUUAACAAGUCCACUUGUACCAUUGAAUGGUGUAGCUGAAGGAAAAUUACCAACUAUUAUUGAUAGUGAACCAUGGGAUGGUCAAGAUGGAAAAUUGGAUAUUGUUGAAGAUAUUGAUCUUAGUGAUGUCAAUUUGGACGAUGAUGAUGAUGAUAGUGAUAAAACAAAAAAAAUUGAUUUAUAA